UUUCUCAAAAUAGACAAAUCCGACUAUUAUGGAAAGAGUGACCGCUGACUUCCGGCCGUUCAUCUCAACGAGCUUCUCGUCCUUUCCUCGCGUUGAAAGAUUCAUUGUUUACUUUUUGGGGUACACCUAUUUCCGUACAUGUUUUCUUUUCAUCUCAUGCUUCUUCUGUUCAUUCGCAGCUUUUUAGACACAAUUGUGUCGUAUUGUUAACACACUUUUGGACAAAUAUCAUUCUCAACAUUAUAAUAAAGUAUUUUACAUUAUCAUAACUUCUUUUCCACUGGUGAACUGGCUUCAGCCCGCUUUCAGGAUGCCGCCGUUCUUUUCGUAAGUGGAAAUGUUCAUUUUCAAACCAUGCCAACUGACAUUCUUAGGCCAAGAAAACCAAAGGCACCCGUUCGUAUUGAUACAGAGCACCGGAUUGCCAACUCACACUAUUAUACAGCUUUUAAAGUUGUCUUAAAGAUUACAGUGAUUGCUCUCGUCAUUUGCAUUGCUUUCCUGCCAUCAGUAGCACUUCGCAAUAAGCACAGACAGCAUUUGGGCGAACAUGUUGUGAAAGAUUUGGAAGAUCCUACCAACUUUGAUAUUUCGACCGAGCUCGAACGCCAAGUCACCCAUGUUCCAAUUCGCUUCGUGAAAACUGCCAAGCUACUUUUUCAACAAUUACGGAUUCGAGAGUCGACAUCGGAUGAGUCGACGAAUCCCUCUGCCAGCGAACAGGUUGAGCGAUCCGAGCAUGUGACUGAUGAUACUGUGGACGGUAUUCAAUAUGGUGAUUAUACACUUGGUGGCUCGACACACCAAGCCAAGUCGGAAAUUGAGCGGUUGCAACAUUGUUCUGCGGAGAUAAAAGGUAGAAACGGAGGAAGGUGUCCCACACGACCAAUUUUCCCAACUAGAGAUGAUGAUCGUGUAAUUUCUGGACGUUGUUCUUGGCAAGAACGACGCAAGUAUGGCGGAAAGUGUGGUCCCCGUAAGUGGCGACUUACGUCUCGCUCUCUAAUUGUGAACGAAGAUUACGCUCCUCCCUCAGCUGAACCUCGUGACAACAAGCACUUCGAUCAGCCAAGGAGUACAUCUUCAACGUCAACGCGCAAACCCACGCCCACGCUCCAGGUUAUCAACACCUGUUCUUACGAAAGUGCAGUUGAGAACGGAGGAAGGUGUCCUCAUGGUUUGGUAAAUGGACAAAAGCCAGCAGAAAACAAACCAAUUUCUAUCUCAAUCAAGACAGAUCCUCGCGAACCCAAUACAGCACAGCAGCCCCGUGAAGCGGCAGUAAGUGAGGAGAACAAAGUCAACUACAAGCCUUAUCAGGCUGAUGUAUGCAAGCCUCGUUGGGUUCGUACCACUGAUGGCUGGUGUGUUUAUCGAAGUAGCUUUGGGCCUGACGAUGAUAAACCGGACUUUUAUCCACCCAUGUCUAAAACGCUGGUGUCGACGAAACAACGACGCCAUGAAGCGACAGUAAAUGAAGAGGCUAAGCUCGAGCCUAGACCAUAUCCGGCUGAUUCGUGUCCAGAAUUAUGGGUUCGUUCCAACGGUUGGUGCUAUUAUCGUGGCUCAUCUAGUCGACCGUUAGGGUUUUGGGGACCUGAGUCUCGGGAAUUGGUAUCUUCAGGCCAAAAACGUCGUGAUGUAGCUGCGAGUGACAAGCGUGGAGGCAUGACCGCAGCCGAUCCGAACGAUUCAUUUCGUUGGCUUGUUAGCGUUGAAGACAUAUGUGUUCCCCGAAGCGUAUUUUCGGCUGAUGAGGAUGAACCAGGAUAUUAUUCUGGAGUUCAUUCACCUUUUUAUUCAGAAAUUCAUUCACCUAAGUCUAUGAGGUCGGAACUGCCAGAACAAUGUAUCGGCAUAGCCUUUCCGGCUGAGGCGCGCUGGUGUCCAUCGCCUUGGUACCACGAUGACGAGGAUAAUUGGUGCUUUUAUGUUUGGCAAGACAGUGAAGAUACAUCUAAGAGAUCUUUUCCGGAGCCACUGGGCCCAGAGCUUCAACCUCGUGGUGGAGCUGUGAAUGGUGAGGUCAAAGGCAUGGACGGAGACUAUCCAGCCAAUUUGUGUCCGUCUCCUUGGACUUACGUUGAUGGCAGAUGCAUUUUCGAUUGGCAAGAUGAUGAGCCCCUUGAGGUUUCCUUUUCGAGUCCUUCGAGUCCACAGCGUCAACCUCGUGGUGGAAUUAGAGGCCAGAAGACGCAAGUAACUUCGGUGCUGACUUCGGCGCGUACCUCUAGCCCUGCUUUCAACUCUACAUCUACGUCUACCUCUAUCUCUGCCACAACCACUAUCGUUAUCGCUCUUCCCACGGCUGGAGCGUGUGAUCCUCCUUGGAUCCGUACUAUGGAUGGCCGAUGUUUCUUUGACCCCAAGUACCAACGCGAGCAUCCCCAAGCUCCUCUGUCCCGCCCUCGCAAGCCAAUACGUCAACGACGUGGUGAAAUUCCAACCGAGGAGCGUGGUGUUGCUCCUAGUUGGCAAGCUGAAUCGUGUGAGCUGCCUUGGAUUCAUACCUCUGAUGGCUGGUGUAUAUACAGACCAGAUUACCAGCAUGGAACUCAGAAUUCUUUGGCUAGUGCUUCAGCGCAAUUUAAUACCACAAAUCAAUUGAAUUCUACAGCACAACCAACUGUUACAGAAAAAGCAACCGCCACAGAGCAAGCGACUGUCACAGGACAAUCAACCGCCUCAGAACAAGCAACUGUCACAGAACAAUCAAAUUCUCCAGCGCAACCAAGCAUCACAGAUCGACCAAUUGACAUUAAAAUCUUCCACUGCAUCAAUGAUUUACAAGGAAAUCUCAAAUGUGGGAAAUUUUUGCAGGAAGAUACAAAGUUUUCAUCAGUUCACAAUCGUCGAGGUUUCUGGCCCGACGACUGGGUACCACAAAUAGAAGAUGAUUGCGAUCGUUUUCUGGGAAACACAUAUAUGCACUAUCAAUGUCUUCAAUCAGUCAAACACAAAAAUAUCGGCCUCAAACUCAUCAUGGUCUUUCUGAUUCUUGCCGGUUUUGGUUCCCUCGUCUUCCUCAUCAUUACUUGUGUCAAUCGAGCUGCACGUCCUAAAGCCCAGCCUUUUAGGCAGGUGAGCGGGAUUAUAGAUGCACAUGGAAUGACGGAGCAUCCAACAUCGAUGUGUGGACAUUAUCCUUGGAAUGGACCGGCAAAUUCGAAACCAAUGGCCGGAGAAAGAUGGACCCGAAGUCCUCCAGCUUACGAUCCCAUGAGACAACUGACACCAGAUCAUUCAGGUAGUCUAGGCACUUGUUCCCGUGGUCGCAAUUGUGCGAGUGGUAGUUCGGGUUCCAAUGGCACGGAAAAUUGGAUUCGUAAAUUGUGCAAUAGAUGUUUUAAGAGUCAGAGUCAUUCGUCACUUUCGGAACAUUCGCAAAUGGUCGGUGGGCUUGGAAGUGGAAUUCUUCGUUUGAGGAGUGAUGAUCACAGGAUUGAUACCCUUAAAUUGCCAAAUGCGAAUUUAGCGACAGUUAGGAGGACAAAUGGUUUGGUUCUUAGUGAGGAGAAUGGACAUACAAAUGCUAGUGCGGAUACGGUGGUUGUAGGAAGUGAUUUUGGGAGGGCUGAAGGUAAAGGCUCGGGUUCUGCUGUUGGUUUGCAUGAGGGUUCUUCGGGUAGUUGUUCUGGUGUGACUGGUGGAGGUGGAAUUGGUUUGACGCAACAUGGAAAUUUGAGUGGUGAUACGGUUAUUGAGCCGGAAGCUGCUGUGAUUAAGUAUGCAAAUGGAAAUGGAAAUUUGAAGAUGGGAUGCUUGAAGACUGGUCACUUGAAGAAAGUUGGGUUUGAGGGAUUGGAGGGACUAGAGGAGGUGCGGGGCUGGAGGGAUGUUGAUCGGGUUGAGCCUCUGAGACUUGAGAAGGAGAAUUUGAAGGGGAAGGGAGGUGGAUGUGGAAUGGGUGGUGAGUUGGAGGAGAUACAGGAGGAAAGUGAGAGUAAGAGGAAUUAGAAAGUGAAUGAGGUGGAGAGAAUUGUAGUAUUGUUUUUGGUGGUGGUUGGUAAGAUAUGGAACGGUGGCGAGUUUAUUUUGUUUUUCGAAAGGUAUAUGGUAUAGGUGAAUGGGUGUAUCGAUGCUUCUGUUGAGAUAAGAUGCUGGUCAUUCGUUCGUUAUUCAUUAUUGCGAAUCGGUGGCUGGAUGGCUAUGAGUGUUUUAUUUGCUUAUUCAGUAGGUUACAUUAUUAUCAAAAAAGAAAAAGGAAAAGGAAAAGGAAAAGAUU